GAUUGAAGGCCGCCAUCUUGUUUCAGAGGGGAGCAGGGCGCAUGGGCGCAGGGCUUGAUGACGACACAGUGGGCGGGGCUUCAGCGUACCUGUUUCCAACCGGGUCCAAGUGCCCGGAAAGUUUAUAUCCUCUGCAACAGGUAUUCCAGCAGCUUUACCCACUUUCAGGCUGCAGGUGAUGUUUGAAGCGUCGAGGAAUCCACGGGCCUUGUAUACAUUCAGAGUGAGAGGUUGCAGCCCCUGUAUAGUUACCUGAAGAGGAUGAUCCUCAACCUUUGUUGACACUGCUGUCCCAUUCUUUGAAUCUUCGUCUGACCAGUGUGGAGGGGGAGUGGGGGAGAAGAGGGAGAUGAUUUGCAGAUGGGAAACUCAAACCAAACAUCACGUCAAGAUCUGACCGCGUCACUCGAUUCAUCAAGACCUAAAUAUCAUUGGACAUUGACUGUGAAAGCAGAUAUAUUUGUCUGUUCUGUCUGUGGGUAAAGAUUUGAAACAUUAGUGUGACUGGAAAAGAACCGAGACACACACUGAGUGUGUUCCAGUGAACUGACUGUAGAAGGAGCUUUAACCUGUUACACCACCUGAAACAAAGAUUUCACCAUGCACAGCAGGGAGAAACUGUGCAAGUGUACUGUGUGUGGACAAGAAUUCAACUGAUUAUCCAACCCGGAGAGGCACAGGAACAUCGACACCAUGGAGAAACCGUGGAACUGCGGGGAUUGUGGGAAGAGAUUCAGAUCCCCCUCUGAGCUGGAAACUCAUGGACGCAUUCACACUGGGGAGAGACCGUUUAUCUGUUGCGAUUGUGGGAAGGGAUUCGCUCGACUAACUAACCUCACUUCACACCAACUUGUUCAUUCAGACAUGAGACCUUUUAAAUGUUGUGACUGUGAGAAGAGCUUUAAAAGCAAAAAGAAUCUGCUAAUACACCAGCGAGUUCACACUGGGGAGAGGCCAUUCACCUGCUUUGACUGCGGGAAGGGAUUCGCUCAGUUAUCCAACCUGCUGCGACACCAGAGAGUUCACACUGGAGAGAGGCCAUUCACCUGCUCCAGGUGUGGGAAGGGAUUCACUCAGUUAAGUACCCUCACUUCACAUCAACUUGUUCACUCUGACAAGAGACCUUUUAAAUGUUCUGACUGUGAAAAUUGCUUUAAAAGCAAAAAGAUUCUAUUGAUACACCAGAGAAUUCACACUGGGGAGAAACCAUUCACCUGCUCCAAGUGUGGGAAUGGAUUCACUCAACUAACCCAGCUCACUUCACAUCAGCGUGUUCACUCUGAAAAGAGACCUUUUAGAUGUUCUGACUGUGUGAAAAGCUAUAAAAGCAAAGUGGAUCUGCUGACACACCAGCGAGUUCACACUGGAGAAAGGCCAUUCACGUGUUCCAUGUGUGGGAUGGGAUUCAUUCACCCAUCCCUCCGGCUGAAACACCAGCGAGUUCACACUGGAGAGAGGCCGUUCACCUGCUCCGUGUGUGGGAAGGGAUUCAGUCAUUCAUCCACCCUGCAGACACAUCAGUGUAUUCACAAGUGACUGCAGGGGUUGGAUUCUGCUGUUAAUCACAUCCAGGAGUGAACCAUGUUUAUUCUGACAUUUGGGGUUUGUUUUUGCUGAUGUUAAUAAUCCCAGUAACUGGGCUGGAGUUUAAUAUUCUGGAUAAAGGUUAAAUAAAUCAGCUUAGUGUCAAAUACACAGUGCUCGAGUCCAUGAUUUCUCUAAGAAAAGAGGAGACUGAUUGAUAUUCUGUUAAUGACUUUUCUGGCCUUGGUCCUUCUCUCCUUUGUUAAAGGAAGAUGUGCAUUUAUAUAGCACCUUUCACAGCUUCAGGAUUUUCCAAAGUGCUUUACAGGCAGUGAAGUCUUUUUGAAGUGUAGUCCCUGUGUAAUGUGGGAAAUGCAUGUCGGACCAGCCGUGAGCUUGGUCCAAACCAUGGAGUCCCUCAUCUUGCAGGAAAUCCACCCCAGCCACAAGGACAAGGUUCUGAUGGCACCAUCCCGGGUGUCUCAGUGGGAUCCAUGAGGUCGCUGGACAUAACACGUCACCCAACAGUGAUUGAUCCCAAACAGCAAACCCCCAACAAGGGACUGGUGAGUUUCCCCUCUCACAGACCACAAUGCGACUGGCGAAGAGUUCGUGUCUCAUGGUUUUGAUCCCUGGAAAAGCAAAAACGAGCCAUGCGAGGCCAUGAAGACCCCAACACCAACAACAAACUGGUCUGUGUGG